UUAAGUACGGUACAAGCGAGAGCACUGAUCUGUCUCAACAAUAUAGUGACAGCCUUAGACGCUGAUCUACUAGGAGGAGAGGUGGCACUUGGACAGUUGUGGUGUUCGCUGUUCACUCUAGCUUUUGCCGCUGAAAGUAAGUGGAAAUGUUUUGUACUAAUUCUUUACAAUGGACCCUUCCACUUUUUUUUAACGUUUGGUGGAAUCUAGUCAGGGAAUAUUCAUCGAUACUGCCCAAAAGAGUUCCUUAACCCUUUCACUGUCAAAUUUAGCCAAAAGCAAAUUUCGACCAAAUUUUCAAAUUUCAUUUUGUGAAAUUUUGAAAAGCAAAUAGCACCAUGUGUACGUACAGGCAGAGAGCUUUCAUUUAAAUGGUCAUAUCAUAGGUUUUCGUCCACAGACUAAAAAGUUAGAGUCACCUUACAAAACCCCAUCAAGUACUCUGGCAGUGAAAGGGUUAACUGCAAUUAGUAAACUGAUCAAGUUUGAAGGUAAUUCAUUUAAAUUGAGCGAAGGUAUACCUCCGCAAAGUCGCGCAGUCAAAAGAAGUUUGAAAAAUUUCGAAAAUUUGCAAAGCCACAUCUUCGUUAGUUUUCAACAAAUCACCCUCAACCUCGGCUUUAUUACUAGUUUUUUAAGGUCCUUUUUAUAGCGGUGUCGACAGGUUUUCGCUAACAGGUUCACAACAAAAGUUGACAAAACCGUUGAUGGGUCUAUUGAAGAACGAAGUUAACUUUACCGUUACGCACACUGAUUGGCUCAAAGAAUCAAAGAAUCACGCGUCAUUUCCUCAACCAAUCACGGUAUUGCUCAAACGCGUUUUGCCGGGCUCAGCGAUAGCCACUUGUUUUUGCUUUCAGUUCUUUUAACUAUACUUAGAUUGCCUGUAUCUGCUUUUUGAAAUAUUAAUAGUUACUCUAUUUUGGGCACAAUUUUUAUUGUAAAACUGCUAUUUCUUUAACCUUAGCCAGAGGAUUUGUGUACCACGAGGAGGAUUUUCUAGAAGCAGCCACUGGAGUUCUACGAUCAGUGAUUGACAAACUGGUUUCACUGCAAGAGCCUCAAGUAAGUUACUAA